CCGUCUCAUCAGGCCAUCCCUCCACCCCACCCCGUGGCAGGCGGACUCCUAUGAGAGAGGGCAGCGAUCCCCUCUUGAAUCGGCAGGAAAGCAGGCAUCAUCCUCUUCUUCUGCUGCUGGGGCAGGGGCCGUGGAGGCAGAUGGAGGAGGGAACACGGGUGUGGCUGCAGGAGCAGGACCAGUUGCAGCCCUGCACUGUGAGCUCCUUGGCUGAUGGCUCUGUGCUCUUCACUUCAGACUAUGGUGAGGUGUUCUGCUACCCAUGGACCUCUCUGCCCAGAGACAAAGUUCUUCCAAUGCAUCAGUCAAGCAUGGAGGGGGUGGAGGACAUGUCCAUGCUGGGCGACUUGCACGAGGCUGCCAUCUUGCUUAAUCUGCACCAGCGCUACCAGAAGGACCACAUCUAUACAAAUAUCGGAUCCAUCUUGGUGUCUGUGAAUCCAUACAAGCCCAUUGCUGGUUUGUAUGAUGAGGCUGCCAUUAAUCUGUACCGACAGCACUGCUUGGGCGAGUUGCCUCCCCACAUUUUUGCCACUGCCAGUGAGUGCUAUAGUUGCUUGUGGAGGCGCCAUGACAGCCAAUGUAUUCUCAUCAGUGGAGAAAGUGGAGCCGGAAAGACCGAGAGCACCAAGUUGCUGUUGAAGUUUCUCUCAGCCAUGAGCCAAACUUCACUGGGUGGCCCUGCAUCAGAGAAGAGCACACAUGUAGAAGAGGCCAUCAUGGAGAGCAGCCCAAUCCUGGAAGCCUUUGGAAACGCCAAGACCGUCUAUAACAACAAUUCAAGUCGCUUUGGCAAAUUCAUCCAGUUGCAUUUUUCCCGGCAUGGCCAUAUCCAAGGAGGGAGAGUCACUGACUAUUUAUUGGAGAAGAACAGAGUUGUUCACCAGAACCCAGGAGAACGCAAUUACCAUAUCUUCUAUGCUCUAUUAGCCGGUGUCAGUGGGGAGCAAAAAGAAGGCCUGUUCCUGUUGGAGCCCAAGAGUUAUCGGUACUUAAACCAGUCUGGCUGUGUCACCAAUGAGAACUUGGAUGACAGAGAGUUAUACAGCAAGGUCAUGACUGCUCUUGAAGUGAUGGGGUUCAGCUCUGAAGAGAUCAGAGACAUUUUCAAGCUUCUCUCUGGCAUUCUGCAACUUGGAAACACUGAGUUCAUGACUGCUGGAGGAGCUCAGAUUACAACAAAAACUGUGUUAAAUAAUGCCAGUGAACUGCUUGGCUUGGAUACCUUCCAGUUGUCUGAAGUCCUCACCCAGAGAUCCAUGUUUCUACGGGGGGAGGAAAUUAGCUCUCCCCUCACUGUGGAACAGGCUGCUGACUCCAGAGACUCACUGGCCAUGGCCCUUUAUUCUCAGUGCUUCUCAUGGAUCAUUGGCAGGAUUAAUUCAAAGAUAAAAGGGAAAGAAAAUUUUAAAUCCGUGGGAAUUCUGGAUAUCUUCGGUUUUGAGAAUUUCCAGGAGAAUCGGUUUGAACAGUUUAACAUCAACUAUGCAAAUGAGAAACUCCAAGAGUACUUCAACAAGCACAUAUUCUCCUUGGAACAACUUGAGUAUAACAGAGAGGGGAUAAGCUGGGAAGCCAUUGACUGGAUGGAUAAUGCAGAGUGCCUGGAUCUGAUUGAGAAGAAACUUGGCUUGUUAGCAUUGAUAAAUGAAGAAAGUAGAUUCCCCAAAGGUACAGACAACACCCUUUUGGAAAAGCUCCACAGUCAACAUGGGAGCAACCAAUAUUAUUUGAAGCCUCGGGUAAUAGAUUUCCAGUUUGGGAUCCAGCAUUAUGCAGGAGAAGUUCUAUAUGAUGUGAGGGGCUUCCUGGAGAAAAACAGAGACACCUUUCGAGACGAUAUUUUAAACAUGCUGAAGGACAGUAGAUUAGAUUUCAUCUAUGAUCUCUUUGAAAGAGUCUCUAGCGGCAGCAGUGAAGACACUCUGAAGAUGGGAACUCAGAGGCGCAGGCCGACUGUCAGCUCUCAGUUCAGGGACUCCCUACACUCUUUGAUGGCAACACUCAGCACGUGCAAUCCAUUGUUCAUUCGCUGCAUCAAACCCAAUCUGGAAAAGGCUCCAAAUCUCUUCAGUCCAGAUGUGGUGCUGAAACAGCUUCGGUACUCAGGCAUGCUAGAGACAGUGAAGGUUCGUAGAGCUGGUUUUCCUGUGAGGCGGCUCUUUCAAGACUUCCUGCUCAGGUACAAGAUGCUCCUGAAGAACUGGAGCAGUCCCGAUGGGGCAAAGGCCACAUGCACAGCCUUCCUGCAGACUUAUGACCUUGCCCAGAGGGAAUGGAAGCUAGGGAAAACCAAGGUUUUCCUGAAGGAGGCUCUGGAGCAAAAACUGGAGAAGGCCCGGGAAGAGGAGCUGAGGAAGGCAGCCACCAUCAUCCGAGCCCACGUCCUGGGCUACAUGGCAAGGAAGAGGUAUCGGAGGGUGCUAGCCAGUGUUGUGACCAUCCAAAAGAAUUAUCGUGCUCACUUCUGGAAAAAGUCUCUCCAGCACCUCAAGGCCUCUGCCAUUGUCCUGCAGAAACACUGGCGUGGACAGCUGGCUCGCAGCCUCUACCAGCACCUGCUCCAAGAAGAACAGAGGCGGAAACAGGAAGCCGAGGAGCAGAGGCAGCGAGAGGAAGAGAGGAUUAAAAAGGAGGAAGAGGAAAGACAAUGGCAAGAAGAGAGGGCGCAUAGGAGGAGGCAGGAGGAGGAAGAGAAGAAGAGAGAAAAGGAGCAGUUGGAAGCAACACUGCAAAUGGCUCAGAUGGAGAUGCUGAGAACACCAGGUGAGGACCAGCCCUUGCAGGAGGAGGAACGGCGUCAGAUGGAGGAGAUUCUGCGGCUGGAGAGAGAGAUUGAGAAGCUGCAAUGGCAGCAGAAGACAGACCACAUGUCCAUCACCUGUGAAAACGCCAAGAAUGAGAUGAAGCGCCAGCGGGAAGAAGAGAUACAGAGGCUGGAGAAGGAAGCUUCCAGAGUUGCACAGGAAUUUUUGGAGCUACUGGAUUUCGGGAACCUGGAUGAGAGCGUGCAAGGUUUGGAGCGCUCCCUUUCCAAUGAAGGGACUCUCAAUAUUGAAUGUAGCCUCGUGGCCCCCCUGGCUGAAGAAGAAGAGGAAGAUGAAGGUUUCCCUGCUGAUGAAGAGGGCCCACCAGUCCCCAGCCCAAGUCUCAUGAACCAGGACAGCAGCACCAGAACCAGUGAUAAUUAUUACUCUGAGGAAGACACAUCUCCUAAUAUGCCACUGCCUGGGGAGGGAGAAGAUGAGAAGAUCAGUGCUCUGGAUCUCACUACAGAGAGACCUGAGAGCCCCCACAAACAGCAGGCGGAAAACAUUUACCAGGCCGUCUCCAAAAGCCUUCCGAGUGAGAAUGGGGAAGUGGAAGAUCCUAUUUACAGCUUGCCUCCAGAUGUGGAAUCAGAUUAUGACCACGAGGAGUUUGAAGGCAGUGGUGAUGCUGGCAGCUCUUCAGCUGAGCCCCUGCACGGGGAGGAGAUCUUGCGCAAUUCUAACAGCAAUGGUGUGGACUCCAACCGUGGCAGCUUGGACUCAUUUCUAGAUAGCGAGGAUGAAGGAGAUACUUAUAUGGACACAGAUGAAGAAUUCUGCAGCAGCCGAGUCACCCUACUGAAUGGGUCAGGGCCAGCUUAUUUUCACAGCUAUCUCUACAUGAAGGGGGGCCUGAUGAACCCCUGGAGACGGCGCUGGUGCGUCUUGAAGAAUGAGGCCUUCAUGUGGUUCCGAGCCAAGCAAGAGGCCUUGAAGUCAGGCUGGCUGUAUAAGAAAGGAGGAGGCAUGUCCACACUCUCUCGACGGAACUGGAAGCGGCGGUGGUUUGUGCUGAGAGAGGCCAAGCUGAUGUAUUUCGAGAAUGACAGUGAAGAAAAGUUGAAAGGGACAAUUGACAUCAGAAAGGCCAGAGAGAUUGUGGAUAUUCAUGAGAAAGAGAAUGCCCUUGAUAUUGUGACAAGUGAUCGGGUUUAUCACAUAGUGGCUGAAUCACCAGAGGAUGCCAGUGACUGGUUUAAUGUCCUGAGCCGUGUCCACAGUGCUACUGAGCAGCAGCUGAGGGAGAUGCAAGACGAACAAGCCAACCCAAAGAAUGCUGUGGGAACUCUUGAUGUGGGGCUCAUUGACUCUGUCUGUGCUUCUGACAACCCUGACAGGCCGAAUUCCUUUGUGAUUAUCACGGCAAACAGAGUCAUUCACUGCAACAGUGACAUCCCUGAGGAGAUGCACCACUGGAUCUCUCUCUUGCAGAAGCCCAAAGGGGAGUCCAGGGUCGAUGGACAGGAAUUCCUUGUGAGAGGCUGGCUUCAUAAGGAGGUCCAGAGCAGCAGCAAGACAUCUUCCAUGAAGGUAAAGAAACGCUGGUUUGUGCUGACUAACACUGCCCUGGACUACUACAAAUCGUCUGAGCGCACAGCCACCAAGCUCGGGACCCUGGUGCUCAACAGCCUCUGCUCUGUGGUCCAGCCUGAUGAAAGAGUCUUCAAAGAAACUGGCUUCUGGAACAUUACCGUGCAUGGCAGAAAGCACUCAUACCGACUCUACACCAAGUUGUUGAACGAAGCCAUGCGCUGGGCCUCGGCCAUCCAAGGCGUUAUUGACAGCAAGGUUCCCAUUGAAACUCCCACGCAGCAACUUAUUCAUGACAUUCGGGAAAACAGCAUGAACUCUGAACUGGUAGAACAGACCUACCGGAGAAAUCCCAUUCUGAGAUACACCCAGCAUCCUUUACACUCCCCACUGCUGCCACUGCCUUAUGGAGAUGUUGGCAUCAACUUGCAGCAAGAGAAGGGCUACAGCAGCCUCCAGGAUGAAGCCAUGAAGAUCUUUAAUUCCCUUCAGGAGAUCGAGACCGUGUCUGACCCCAUCCCCAUCAUUCAGGGCAUUCUGCAGACCUGCCAUGACCUCAAGCCCCUGUGUGAUGAGGUCUACUGCCAGCUGAUCAAGCAGACCAACCAUGUGCCUCAACCCAACAGCCCCGGAAACCUGCACCACUGGCAACUGAUGGCCUGCAUGAGCUGCACCUUUCUGCCCAGCCGGGGGAUCCUCCGUUACCUCAAGUUCCACCUCCGAAGAGUGAAAGAUCUCUUUGUGAGCACUGAAAUAGACCAGUAUGCUCAAUUCAUCACUGACUCGCUGAAGAGAACCAAGAGCCGGGAGUUUGUCCCUUCCCAGGAAGAGAUCCAGGCCCUCAUCACCCGGGAGGAGAUGACCACCACUGUCUACUGCCAUGGCGGGGGCUCCUGCCAAAUCACUAUCAACUCCCACACCAGUGCAGGAGAGGUGGUAGAGAAGCUGAUUCGCGGGUUAGCCAUGGAGGACAGCCGGAACAUGUUUGCCCUCUUUGAGCGCAACAAGCAUGUUGACAAGGCCAUUGAGAGCCGGGUGAUUGUAGCAGAUGUUUUGGCCAAGUUUGAAAGACUUGCCGGGUCUGUGGAAGAGGAGGAGGAUGGGCACUGGCAGUUAUAUUUUAAGCUGUAUUGCUUCUUGGACGUUGAAAAUGUUCCCAAAGAGGGAGUGGAAUUUGCCUUCAUGUUUGAACAGGCACAUGAAAGUCUCAUUGAUGGCCACUUCCCAGGCCCAGAGGAGACCCUGCAGCACUUAGCAGCACUGAGGCUACAGUACCUGUACGGGGACUAUUCCAAAAUCUCCUGGUCCCUUGACAGCGUCUACCCAGUGACCAGACUGAAGUCCAGAAUCCUGCAGUCCAUGAAGAGCAGCGGGCCCAGCAGCCAUGUUCUGGAGAGAAGGCGGACCAGCUUCCUGGAGGGCACCCUCAAGCGCAGCUUCAAAGCAGGCACCGUCAAGAAGCAAAAGGUGGAGGAGGAACAGAUGAUGGAGAUGUGGGUGAAAGAGGAACUCUCAGCUGCUCGGGCCAGCAUAGCGGAGAAGUGGAGCAAACUGCAAGGCCUGCUGCAGCAGCAGGCCAUGGUUGCCUACAUGGCCAUCAUGAAGGAGUGGUCAGGCUACGGCUCCACUCUCUUUGAUGUGGAGUGUAAGGAAGGAGGUUUUCCAAAUGACCUUUGGCUCAGUGUCAGCACAGAGAACGUGUCUGUGUACAAACGGGGGGAUCCCAAACCUCUUGAAACUUUCCAGUAUGAGCAUAUUAUCUUCUUUGGGGCUCCCCAGCCCAACACCUUCAAGCUGACAGUGGACGAGAGAGAAAUGUACUUUGAAACCCCUCAGGUUGGAGAGAUCAUUAAAAUUAUGAAAGCCUACAUUAACAUGAUUGUGAAGAAAUGCUGCAGCGUCAAAUCAGCCACUAGCCUGGACAGCCGUGCAAGUAUCUGGACAAGGUGAUGGGACGAGUGAGGUUGAGCUGAGCCCUUGGGAAAGACCAGUGGGGUGUCUCAGUCGGAUUUGCAGCAAAAAUCCCUUUUGUAAGAAGAAAAAGUUCUCCUCCCAAACCAUUGCCUGAAAGAAGAAGAAAAACUUGGUGCUGAGCACCUACCGCUGUUAGGCUUGCUCCGUAACCAAUACUACAAGCAAGGGGAUCUUCACCGGCAACCUGAGGCAACUAGAACCUGGGCUUCCUUUGACCUCAACUCUUGUGCCUCUCGCAGGGAUGAAAUUGAACCCACAUUUCCUGCACCACCAACACACGUGGAUCUUUUGUGCAAUAAAUGCAGCAGGGAAGCGAGGAGGAGAAUCUAAGGUGAUGCUGGGAUGAGCCAGGCAAGAUUUAUGUAUUAAUUGUGUAGCCAAACUGGCAGACUGAAUUGCCCCCUUCCUCAGUGAUGUUCCCUCAGGGAUCAGCUGCUGCUGCUGCUACUGAAUAGACUGAUAUUGGGAACUUCUCCUGUUUUCAGUAUUACCACCUCCACGGGUUGAAGGUCACGACUGAAGCUGCCAAAUCGCACCAGAUUUUCUGAGCUUUGAACACUGAGAGGACACUUUGGGUUUUCUGUCUGGGAGCUUCUCAGAGGCUUGUGGCUCCACGAGCUGGAGGUUUAAGGAUAGCACCACCAGCUGCCAUCACAGGACCGUGCGCACAGCAAGAAGGGCUUUCUCGGUGCCAAUCGUCCAAUUCCUUGGCAGCAAAGUGCUUUGCUGUGGUGCAUGGGUGGGGUGGGAAAGUGCCACUCAGUGAUGCAAAAAUGCCAUUGAUCUGAUUGUUUCAGGGGCUGGAAUUUCUGGUCAGACUGGUGCGUACCCUUGUGGCAAAGGGGCUGCCGUAUCUUGUCACCAGUGACUUGCAUGCUGCUGGCCCCUCCCUUCCUUGGUUCUUUGCAGGGGUUUGGACUAUGUGGGGUUUUCUUUGGUCUCCUCUUAUAAGCUGAUGUUCUGAAAUGCUGCUGCCCAAUUGUGAUUAACUGCAAGGCAUUUGGUAGUAAAAAUGGGGGCUUGAUUAAAUGGGUUUCUUCUGUUAAAAACCCUAUACCAACCUUCUCUACCCAGGUGCCUGUUUUGGAAGUACAGCUACCCUCUGCCCCACUGGGCCUGCUGGUUGGUGACAGUCAGAUUUGUAGCCCCACACAUUUGGAGUGCAGCUGGAGGGAUUUU